GGCGAAAUAUCUGACUAUCACAGGAAAAGUAUGCUGCACUGAAGUCCGUUCUGUUCUGUUUUACGGUUGUGAGACAUGGCCAUUAUAAAGGAGAAGACAUGAAGCGAUUUCAGGGUUUCUAUCGCAGAUGUCUUCGUAGCGUUGCUAGUGUUUAGUGGAAUCGCCAUGUGAACAAUGCUGAGGUCAGGCGAAGGAUACUAGGCAAAAAAGCCAAGUCGACUGAUGAGUUCGCAAACCUUAGUUGACUGAGAUGGCCCGGGCAUAUACUGCGCAUGCCGAACCACCAGUUACGUCGACGGGCCAUGUUAGAGGGAGUUGUAUUAGGUUGGAAGAGGGUUCGGGAUGGUCAGACUAAGACGUGGCACCGGUCGAUAAAGUCUCUUACUGUUGUUCUGAGUCGUGUGGGGCGAUGUAGAUUGCUUGGUCGGGGUCGCCGAGCUGAAAGGAAUCAGUGGUUAAGGGCUGACUCUUGGUGAAGUGGUUGAAAACCGGUCUCGGUGCUGUAGAUGUAUUCACUCCUUGACAUCUAAGGCUUGAAUAUCCGCACGGAGCGUUAUCUCCAGACUGCUUAUUCCCUCAAACAACUUUGUCUACUUUGAUAUCACUUUUUCUGUUCACCUGUUUUUCGUGUACUACUUUGAUGUAUGGCAAGUUGAGAAAAUGGACCUGUGUGCGAGGUUUUACGUUGAUUUUAUCAAUCAGUCAUCAUUAUCGCAAACCCUAACAAAGUGCUGCUCAAAGCCUAGUACGUUGACAUUCACCUUGUUGAAUUGCAUUACUUUUAUAUUAUCAGUAAUGUUUUCGGAAAGUGUUUACUUUGAAGCUGGGUGUUCAUUUGACAUCAGGAUCGACGACAGGUGACAAGAUGACACUUAACAAUCAUGUACAAGUUUGUGCACAAGCCAAUGAACUACAGCGGUUACGUGACGGCUAAUUAUACUACCUGAUUGUCAAAACCUUGGUAGGGAGGGUAGGGCUUACACUGGUAACCCACUUGUUGUAACUUGUGUACCUAAACCAGCUGGCGGUGUAUCUAUUAAAGUCGAUGAUAGGAAACUUCAAUUGAUGCUGCUAAAAAUUCGCCGUUAGUCAGCAGAUCCUGAAGUUGCUUUAAGAAAUAUCCAUGGAUGAUGUUUCAGGACUAUUAGUAAAACUAACGGGAUUCACGUGUGAAAUGGGAAUCAACAUAGUUUCCGUCGUUUAUCUCUCAGUUUCUAACAAAGGAUCAGAAGCCUCAUGUAGUAUCCAUAAGAGAAUUAGCUUGGGUGAAUCCGUUUUAAAGAUUGUAACGGUAGUAAGCAUCGGAUACCUAGUUGGUGCUCGAAAAUGCCAAUAACUUUUCCCUGUUAGCUUUGUGAAUUAGAUCGGCACUGUUAACGAGAAAAGAUGUAUCCUUUGGCUUUCUGAUUGAAUGCGUAUUAGUUAGCAAGUUGGAGCUUAAACGAUAUGGUGUGGUUGAGUGAAAUGUUCACCAUACAAAAUAAUCAGUUGAAUACGCUGUAAGCUGAGUAAUUAUCAAAAGACUGACAAAUUACUUGUACCAUAUCGUUUUCGGUAUCACAUGAAAGGACUUAUCAACGAAAUGUAAAACACAAGACAGUGUGAUCAGGUAUUAAUUGACAGUAAUUUGAGGAUUAGGAUGUAGGUCAGUAGACAGUUAAUAAUUUCGUACCAACGUAUGUAGAACAGCCUUUUUGUUUGACUGCUCUUCCCCGGGAAAUGUGGGAUCCCUUCUAGAUAAUAGCAAAGUGAGUGUGGUCAACAUCCGUUACGCUUACGUGGAUCUUCCCAAAAACUACUUCAGUCUAGUCUUCUAAACAUUUCGGAUAAUGACAUAGAAACCUUUGUAAUCCAUUUUUCCUCAAACACAAAUUGCUUCAGGGAUGGUCUAGUUCAGUUUAGCUGAACGACUUUUUGACUUAUUCGAUGAGUCUCACUCACUGACAAACUCUAUACGGAUACACAUUGGUUGUUCAGUCAAGCCAACUGUCACAGAAAGCCCGAAUUCGUUUUUACAAAGAAUUACUGCUCUAUUCCCUAACUAGCGAUGAGAUGUUAUCAUAGGUGAAAAUAUAAUGCCAGCGGUAUUCCGUUUGCAGGUAGUUAUAAAGUUUUCCAUUUCCAUGGCUGGAUUAAUACUUGCAGUCAGAACUGGUUUCCACCCACUCUUAGUUUAAUGAUAGGGCUUAAAGUGGUGGAAUGCGCUGAGCACUUUACUUACUUAGGGAGUUGCAUCAGCUCAGCUGGGUUGUUGCUGAUGAAAUCUCAGCUGGGAUGCGAAAGACCCAUUUGGCAUUUGCCAACUUACGCCAUUUCGGGGUCAGAUGAGAUACCUAUCAAAGGAUGAAUAUACUGUGCAGCCAUGCCUGCUGUCUUAUUUCGCAACUGAUGGCCGUUGAAAGCAGACAUGAAGAGGUUACAGGCUCUUGACCAUGGGUGCCUCCAUAGCAUUGCUCGUGUGUGUUGGAGUCGGUGUGUAAGCAAUAUCGAUGUUUGACGGAGAGUACUAGGCAAGGAAGAAGGGAGGGCUAUCGAUGAGGUUGCGAACCUUCAGCAACUGAAGUUGCGUCAACAUGGGUCACCAUCUAUCUCUACGUACGAUGUUAACCGAAUUAGGACUCGGUUCAAAGGAAGCUGUGGUCAGUCUCAGACAGCACCAGUGGAUGACAUCUCUUAAUGUUUUGUUUGGAUCCCCUAAGCUGGUGUCUCUACGUUGUUAUAGUCUUCGAGAAGAUAAAAAUCAGUGGUUGGCGACCCUGGGUGACAGCUGAAAAUCGGUGACAGUCGUUCAGGUGUAUACACUCUUGUCAUUUUUGAUGUUCGCAAUAUUUUCACUAGGUUUCGUUUGUUUAUCCUUGCUUUUCUCAUCCACUUCUCUCUGAUUGUGUCAUCUUUUUUCUCCCUUGUAUGCUACUAUGAAGUGUGGAAACCUGAACUGAUGCAUUUCUGUGUUAGGUUCUAUGUUGAUUUGUCUGAAUACAGCAACUUACUGAAUUCCAUAAACUAAGUAGUGGUUUAUAAUUAAAGCUGGUCAGUCGCACCCUUAAUUCAGAUGGUUUUACGCUGACUAGAAUUGGAAGUGAAAUACCUAAAUCUUUAAUUUGAUGGCCAACAUUUGACGAAUAUGCAUGAGUUAUUACACUGGAUACAAGCAAGAGCAGAAUAAGGUAACAAAUGGGAAAAUGUGAGUGAAAAUAAUAUUAACAAUAGUGGAAAAGCUGUAAAAAAAAAAAGAAAAUAUCGCUGCUUAUUCACACAAAUAUGCUUACUUCAAAAUAGCAUGACUGCACAUUUAUAUUGAAGUGUUUUCUGUUUCUCAUGACAUUUAGGAGGUGGUCGAGUUCUUCAGUCGAGAUGUACAUUAUGUAAUUACUAAUCGACCAUCGUCUCGAUUAGCAUCAGCUGCUCUUGGUGAUGAAUCGUUAAGUGCAUCGCCUAAACAAUCUGUUUCACUUCAAAACCAACUUUCUUCCACUCCCCAAGUUCCAAACAAUUGCAAAGUUCCUAUACUUACAGGAAGUAAGUCUGUAAAUAGCCCUGUGACACGUGGUCGUGCUAUGUUACUUGCUGCACGCAAAAUUGCUACCGAGGAUUUAAAUUCUACAUCUUCAGGUCGUACAGCAUCCUCGGUACUAAACCAGGUCCAGUUAUCCAACGAUACAUCUACCUCUACACAAUCUUCUCAAGUAUCUUCUACAUCGAAUUUAUUAGGAUGUCAACGAUUGAAUUCGAAUACUGAUUUGUUGUUCAAAGCUCGUCAGUUGGGUAUUAAAAUUCUCACUAUUGACACUGUAACAAAAUGGAUCAAAAAUCUCCCCUCAGAUGUCCAGUCGUUUAUUCAGUCUUCACAACGAGCAGACAACGAAGAUCAUCUUGAUGAAUUGACCAACGAUCCAGAGCGUGACAGGAUUCAUGAAGUUCGACAUCUUGUGAAUCCAUGCAUCAAGGUGAUUGACACAAAAAAUCACUAUAGACCUAUUUAUCUGGACAAGACAGACUACUUACCUGAUCUAUGGAAUACAGUUAAUCGUUAUAAAUCAAAAUCAAAAUCUGCUCUUGAAGUCGGUAUACAAGAUUGUCCAUCAUCGCCUAUGCCUAUCACAACAACUGCUAUUAUCACGACGACCACUACGGCAGCUAUGGCUGGAUGCAGUGGGAGUGUACCAGGUGCAAGUGUUGGCUUCACCUUCCAGAACCCAAGUCAUCAUAUCCCUGGAACAGGCCCACAGUCAGUUUUAACGCGUAAAGACAGCCGUGCAAAGCGAAAACAUCGUCUUCAGAAACACAACACUGGUACUCCAUUGCAACGUACAGCCUCCUUAGCAAAUAAAGGAACAGAAAGCAAUCCUAAGGCGAAUUCUACUGCUGCUGCCGUAGAUGAUGAACCGUCUGGUUACUGUGAGUGCUGUUCUAUGAAUUUCAAGAGUUUAUUUGAGCACCUUCAUUGUACAGAUCAUCAGCAAUUUGCCAAUAAUUCUGAAAAUUAUCGUCUACUGGAUGAUGUACUCAACAAGCUGCCCACAUUAAAGGAGUUUUUAGAAGCAAAUACAUCCUGCGCUCCACAGUGUUCAGCUUAUCUAAACCCUAUUGCAAUUAGUCCCUGUGAUUCUUCUCGAAACCAAGUUAAUUAUAUGUUAAAUAUUUCAAAACAUAAUGCAUCAGAAAAGGAGAAUAUUUCUCCUGUUGAAGUGCCAACAUUUGAUGAUAUCACUGAAUCUAUCAUUGUCUCAGAACAACCAGAUUCUCUAGUAGUUGUUGAUGAAAAUCCUUUUCAAGCAAUGAAUGAUCCUCCUGUACUGAACUUUUCUCAACCAUCUACACCAAUAAUGAAUCAGUUUAUAGAAGAUGAUGGUUCAGAGAUAUUCAGUAAUCAUGAUUUAAUCGAUGUAUGUGAAAUAUCAAAAACUGGUUUUGAUAAUGAUGGACGAUUGUUUGGGUUAGAUGAAGAAGAAACCGCUUUCCUUUAUCUCUUGUAAAGAAAAAAUAAUAAUAAAAAGAGUUUAAAAUUUUGUAAAUUUUUAAUUUUUCUAUGCUCUUUUACCCAUCUUCCAUUGAUUCAACUAUAAGCGCUUUCAUCAUUAUUACAAUUUUUAAAGAAAAAAAAGGUGUAUAUUUGCAUAAAUUAUAGACAUUUUUGAAUGUUAAGAGUUAAAUUCUUUAUUUAUUAGGCGCCCAUUUUAGCCUUUAGAUGAUAGGAAUUAUGUUUAUAGCAGUGUAAAUAUGAUGAGACAGAGUAGAUUGAUGGUAUUAUUUUCUUUCUCUGAUUUCUCUUUAUUAUUUCCUUUAUUAAAGAUAAAGGAAGGAUUCAUAUAAAUGUGUGUAUAUUGAAUUGUUGUCAUAGAAUAUAUCUAUAAAUUCUUGGGAUAAUG